AUGGAGGAGCAGGUGACAGCCGGCACCAAACCGUGGGACGGGAUGCAGGGAGAGGCAAAGAAAGGCCCGCAGGUGGUGCAUGUUGGAAGCAUCGGGACCUUUCUCAGCAAAGGGCCCCCGCCCCAGGUGAAGCGAGAACCGGAAGAAGGGGUGCUGCAGCAGCGUUGGGAGGCCCAAUGGCAGGAGUUCCUCAAGAGUGUGCAAGCCCCUGAUUUGGGACCACUGCCUCAGACCGCGCCAGGGAGCGACUCAAAGGAUUUCCAGGCCUCCUUCAAAGGAGUCACUGAGGCCCCCCAUUGGUCGAGAGGAGGGUGGGUGACCCAAGCCCUGCCAGGCCUCGGCGGAGAAGGCCGCAAGGUGUACCGGAGCUUGGACUCCUUUGCAAAAGCGAAGGGAGACGUUCUGAACGAGGGCAACGUCCGUCUGGAGUUGCGGCGCCAGCAGUUCCGGCAGUUCUGCUACCAGGAGGCCAAAGGGCCCCAGGAGGUUUGCGACAGGCUCCGGGAGCUUUGCCAUCAGUGGCUGAAGCCGGAGAGACGCACCAAAGAGCAGAUCCUGGAGCUGCUGGUCCUGGAGCAGUUCCUGAUCAUCCUGCCCCUGGAAAUGCAGAGCUGGGUCCGGGAGAACGGGCCGGAGAGCUGCGCCCAGGCUGUGGCCCUGGCAGAGGACUUCCUGAUGGGCCGGCGAGACAGCAAGAGAUGGGGACUACAGGUGCCUGUACCUUUCACAGAGGGGGCUGUGAAUCCCUCCGAAACAAACCAGGUUCUGUCAAACACUUGGAACCGGCAACUUUGCAGAGUAGCCAAGCAGGACUUGAGCAAAGAAGGAAGUGCUCUGGGCAACGGGCCGUUUGCAGAUUCCUUUCGUCAGCUAGGUUCUGAUCAGGUAGAACCACAUGACGCAUCCAUGAGAAUAGGCUUAGUUUUCCAGCAUUACGAGGAAGGAACGAAGGUCUCGGGGCAGCCAGGAGCAGCAACUAAGGAGGCGAAGGACGCAGAAAACAGGAUAUCCGAAGCUCUCCCCUCUUGGGAGGGUGACUUUCACGAGAAAGAAAACAAAAGGCACAAUUGCGAGGAGCUGAAAGCGAGUGUUAAUGGUGAAGGAAGCUUCAGACCAAGUGGAAGCCUUCUUAAACAGGAAACAAAGCCCGUAGAUGAGAAGCCCUUUAAAUCCUUGCACUGUGGGGAAAUCUUUCCUCAGAGUUCCAGCCUCGCUGCGCAUGAGAGACCCCACGCAGGGGACAGGCGGUUCAAGUGUCCUGAGUGCGGGAAGAGUUUCAAUCAGAAACGAUACCUGACGGGGCAUAAACGGAUCCACAAGGGGGAGACGCCAUACAAAUGCUCGGACUGCGGGAGGAGCUUCAAUCGCAAGUGGAACCUCAUCGCCCACAAGAGGAUCCACUCCGGGGAGAACCCCUACAAGUGCUCGGACUGUGGGAAGACAUUCAGUCAGAAGGGCAACCUCAUGACCCACGUGAGGAUUCACACGGGGGAGAAACCAUACAAGUGCGCCGAGUGCGGGAAAAGAUUCAGUCAGCGGGCAGGCCUUACGUCACACCGAAAAAGCCAUAUAAAAAUCAACACUGUCGGAAAAGCUACUGUGGGCUAUCUAAUUUUCUUAAACUUAAGCGAAUCCGGACAAGAGGGGAGUCCUGUACAAGCUCAGCAAGUGGAGACAAGUUUGCCUUCUUGAACGCAAUCUAUUUUACACAGGA